CAACAAAACAGUGUUCAUCUUUUCAAGCAUGACAGCUUUUCUUCAGACUUUUCUUGGUUGAGCAGACAUAUUGAAUGCAUGCAUCGGGUCUACCAUCAAAAAAGGUAUUGUGGAAUACAUGGUUCUCGAUUUUCUCUCUGCCUCUCUCUCUCUUCAAAAUGAAAUGCUCUAUUCGGUGAAAAACACUGUGUCAAUAUCGACUCACAAAAUACACAAUGAUACCACGGCCUGGGCAUAGCGGGUAAACUUUAGAGGUGUCGAACGCCCCGAUUGGACUCUGAUACUUCGUGUUUUUUUUUUUUCCCGAGUCCCUUUUUUUUUCUGCAAGAAUGGCGGAGCGUAGAUGGAAAAAGGUUGGUCUUGUCGUGUCAUUUGCGACAAUGAUCAGCGAGGAAGCAGCAGCUACUCACACACAGACUGUGAUUGAGGAUAUAGAGAAUUCUGAUGAGUUGAUUGCCCCUGUCAACAGAGCUAUCCAAGAUGGCAAAGGACAGCAAGAGUUUGGAGAGCAUCUCAAAGCCCGCAUCGCGGACCAUGAUAGGGAUAUUGAGAGGAUGUGUAAUUUUCAUUACCAGGGGUUCGUAGAUAGUGUGGGGGAGCUUCUGCAUGUCAGGGCACAUGCAAAGAAACUAAAGGAUGGGGUGUUACAAACCAAUCAAGCGUUGCAGAAAUCUGGCAAUCCCGUUAUUGAGAAAGCAGAAGAAUUGCAAACCACAAGAAGUAUGUUACGGAACAUCACUGCAACAGUCGACCAUCUUCAGACGUGCCUGCCAGUUCUGGAGAUGUACUGCAAACUGAAUGAUCAAAUAGAAAGCAAGAGGUACUAUCCUGCUCUGAAGACACUAGAGCAACUAGAACACACCUACCUGCCGAGAGUCAGGCGGUAUCGAUUCUGUGAACGGAUGGCAGACAACAUUCCUAUGAUAAGACAGAACAUCAAGGAAGCCUCCAUGAGUGACCUCAAAGACUUUCUGGAGAGUAUCCGCAAGCAUUCCGACUGGAUUGGGGAGGAAGCCAUGAAGCAGGUUCAAAAGAGAAGUACCCUGGAGACGUCAGCGUUCAUGAAAGCCAGACAUCGUACAGUCAAAGCCGAGUCGCCGCUCACAGAGGCCGAUAAGGAUUCUGUAGGGGACUUCAUGUUUGAGGAGGAAGAAGAGGUGAGCCCACAAGACAAGGUUGAUUUUUCUCCUGUCUACCGGUGUCUUCACAUCUACUCGGUGCUUGGUGAGAGGGAGGUGUUUGAGAGUUACUACCGUAAACAAAGGACCAAACAGUCUAAGCUUGCCAUCCAACCUCAGGGUAACACGUAUGAAUCAUUAGAUCACUACAAGAGAUACUUUCAUCAGAUUCUAGGGUUCUUUGUUCUAGAAGACCAUGUGUUAAGUACCACCGAAGGCUUAGUAACACGAGAAUACUUAGACGAUCUAUGGAACACAGCGUUAUCAAAAAUUGGAAGCACACUUAGAAAUAAUUCAGCAUACUGCACAGAUGCAACACUCUUGCUACGCAUCAAGAAUCUUGUAGUCCUCUUUGUACAGACAGUUAAUAGUUAUGGAUUCAACACGACACCCCUGACAGAGUUUCUACUGGACCUAAAGGAUCAAUACAAUGAAAUCCUCAUGAAGAAAUGGGUUCAAGUCUUUAGUGAUAUAUUCGAUGAGGAUAACUAUACCGCUAUGGCAGUCAACUCUGAGACAGAGUACCUUGACCUCAUCAGGUCAUUCCCAUUUAGAGAUGAGAAGAUUGACAAAGCACCAUAUCCACGUCGGCUGCCGUUCUCCGAGUUCGUCCCAAAGGUGUACAGACAGAUCAAGGAGUUCAUCUAUGCAUGCCACAAGUUCUCCCAAGAUCUUCACCUGACGCAGACGGAGAGGGACGAUAUGAUCCGAAAGUCCACCAACGUCCUCCUGACGAGGACACUCAGUGGAUGUCUCAAUGCUCUUAUACGAAAGAGAUGCCUAGGGCUCACAGAGUUGGUUCAAGUCACUGUCAACACCAUUCACCUAGAAAAUGCAUGUAAAUAUCUGGAGGAUUUUAUCUCUAAUAUUACAGGGACGACUGGAGAUAACAUUCAUGCAGCUGGUCUGCAGAGCACAAACAUCUUCAGAGAUGCACGGAGUGAAGCGGAGCUAGAGAUAUAUAGGAGACUUAAUGAAAAGGUCGAUGAGUUCUUGGAGCUGGCCUCCUAUGACUGGUCCUUAGAUGAGUCCCAGGGAAGAGCCAGUGGCUACAUCAUCGACAUCAUCCGCUUCCUGGAAGGCAGCUUCAAGGCUUUCAACCAUCUACCGGGUAAGGUUGCACAAACAGCCUGCAUGUCGACCUGCAAGCAUUUAGCUUCAUCCCUGAUGCAUUUCUUGCUAGAUUCCAACACCAGAUUUGUGUCAAUGGGGGCCAUUCAGCAGUUCAGCCUUGACGUUAUACAAUGUGAACAGUUUGCCAAUUCCGAACCUGUUCCUGGCUUCCGUGAUGGCGCUCUUCAGAUGGUAUUCUUGGAGCUCCGUCAGCUCUUAGACCUCUUCAUGGCUUGGGAUUGGUCAUCUUACUUCGCCGACUAUGGUCAGUCUACAGGAAAAUACUGCAGGGUCAACGCUCAGACUGCCAUCAACGUUUUAGAGAAAAUGAGAGAUACUGACAAGAAGAAAAACCUCUUCAACACAUUCAAGAAGAACGAGAGAGAUCGCAAGAAGCUCAUGGACACCGUCCUAAAGCAGCUGAAAGCUCUGGCGCCCUCUAUCAACAAUAAGUAGAAACAAGGUCAAGUCCUCCUGAUGCAUUCCUGCCAUUGCUUGCAGUAAUUUGGGAUUCAGAAUGAAAACGAUGCUAAAAUAAUGUCCGCAUUAUGUAUUGACUUCUUGAUUCUGUUCUCAUCCAUGUGUGAUAUCGUAUCGUCGAAAGGGGGUGUUGCAAAAAAAUGAUUGCAAUUAAUUGCAAUUUCAAUAUCAAAUUCCAAAGUGAUAGAUCAGUUUUAACUAAAUUAAUUUAUACUUGUUGCAAGAAGCAGACAAGGGCCCGUCUGACAAAUAUUUGCGAUUGAUCUGAUCAACCACAACUAUGGACGUCAACAUCUAUAAUGCAAAUUUGUUCAAAAUAUUUUCUAGAUACAAUGUAUAUUCAUACACUCAUCGUUUUCCUGAAGAUUCAGUGUGAUUCUCUUUGUUUUCUAAGGAGAUUGUGCAAAUAUCUUUGAAGAAAAAAUUAUGGUAUGGAUGGAUUUCCAUACAGUUGAGAUUGAUUGGAUCAAUCGCAACUCUUUGUAAGAUGGGGCCCAGCAAUUCCAAUUGCUAAUUUGAAAUUUUCAUUUAAAGACUCGUGGUUGAUUUUUGGAUUUGAAAUUGACUUGCAAUCGUUUGCAAGUUUUUGCAACUACCCAUUACUAUUUGAUACCAGUAUGGUGUGUUUUGAUCCCAUUCACAAAACAUGGUCCCAUUGCAUAUGAAUUGCUUUUAUGUCAUCGUAGUGAUGAUGAUAAUAAAUAAAACCUAUAACAAUAAUGAUAAAAAUAAGCUUUGCUUAUAUAGCGCAUAUAAAAAUUAUAAUAUCAAGUCUGUAUGCACUUAGUUUUAAAGAAGAAAAGAAAUAAUAGAGAAGAGAAAUGCCUUUUUAUCCAAUGUUAACUUUUCUGAAAUCCUUGUUCUUGAGUAAGCAAUGUUGCCAUGGUUAUUACCAUUGGACCAUAAAUAGUAACUUAUAUGUCAUGGGGCACAAAGAAAACAUUUUAGAACAUGUUAGAAGGACUUUAUCACUGAUAAAAUGUCACAGACAGACAAGGUAGGAAUCUUGUUUGUGGCAUUCUAGUAUUAAUUUUACCAUGAAAAAGAUGACCUAGUUAAAUAUUUUCUGGACUAAAUGUUUUGGCGCAGUCACAUUUCCCCUACGACGGCCAUACGAUGUGUUGAAAACAUCCGGUUUAACAUUUUUGUACCAGGUACAUAUAGUUGGUUUGUAUAAAAAUUAAUAAAACUGCUGUUUUGGACUCGCCUUAUGGCCAAUGUAGGAGAAAUUUGACUGAGGUAUUAGUAAGCAUGUCAGUUAAGGGGGUGUCCAGAAUAGACAUAGUAUUUGCUACAAAGUGCAAUUUAAAUUCCGCCUUUUGAGAAUGGUAUGGUCAAAAUCGUCUCAUCGCAGAUUUUUUAAUGAAAUCGCAUACAUGUACCAACAAUGUGAGAAGGUCUCUAAGACAUAAGUGUCACAGAUAGAUAAGAUGUUCAAUUUAAUUUUGCUCCGGCGACAAUUUGCUUCGCUGCAAUUCCACACAGCAUUGGAAUGACCAACUUCAACCCUGAAUUUAACACUAUACCCUAUCCUAAACCUAACCCUAACAUAAAACCCUAUUGCAACCCUAACCCCAUAUGUUAGACGAAAUAAAGCUUGGAACAAAUGUCAUGUCACUGUAUAAGAUGCUCUGUUCAGGAUCGAUUGAAUAAGCUCAUCAAAUAAAUACAUAGGGGGGAAAAGAAAGAUUUUCUCCUACAAAAUGUGAAAAAUAGCCCUCUAAAGUUGCAUAAACUUAAGAUAGAGCGUUAAAACGAUAAAACAAACAUUAAACCAGAAGAGAGUGCAUGUUUAUUGUCAUUGUGCAAUGAUCAAUGCAAUCAACUUUAAGCUUUGUCACUGUCUUGAAUCAUUAUGACUCAAACAUGUUUAACGGCAGAUCUCAUGCGACUUGUUGUCAUGGUACAUGUAUGUCACAAUUUCUGUGUAUUUCACAAUAUCCUGGCUCCUUCCCAUGAACCAGGACUUACUGGUCUAUCAAAAGCUGACCCCAAAAAAAGUCAUUUUGAGAUAAGGGAGGUUUUGAUAUUUACCUACCAAGCAAUGUGAUGGGGUGUGAUUUUGGAUUUUAGGCUGUCGGAUGUUGUAUUGAAUUUAAGUUUUAUGGUUUCUUUUAAUAUAAUCUGUAGGUGUCGCUGAUAUUUUGGAACAAAAAAAUCUUGAUUGCCAUAGAAUGUUAUUCUGUUUUUCAACCAUCAAACGUCCUAUAUUCAGUUAAUGACAGAAAUGUUUGAUAUUCAUUGCAAUAGGAAUCUAAGCAUCUGAUUGGUCAAAGCAAAAGAUGCAGUCAUGGAAACUACCAAAUCACAGGAAGUUUUUCAGCUUAUACAAUUUCAUUCUUGUAAGACCAAUAUUACCCUCAUCUUUGACUCUGAGAAUAUUUGAUUGGGCAAUAUAUUUUAUUUUGUUUCAUUUAUGAUUACUAUCAUGAUAAAGGUAAUUGCCUUGCCUUGAUGACUGCCAGGCACUCCCCAAUGAAUUAUGAAAUACCAACUAUAGUUAUAUUAUUUAAUAUAGCAUCUCUGUUGGGCUAUUGCUCACAUUGAAAGUACAUAUAUGUACAGUUUACACAAAAGAUAUGAUAAAAACCUGUCAUGUAAAUUUAUACAUAACAAAUAGAAAUAUAUUGAUAUAUGAAUACUCUGAAAAGUAUAUAAUCUAUUCUUUUUUUAUAGCUGAAUACUUGAUGUAUCGGUCUGCAUUGUGUAUGGUACAAUUAAUGCUGACAGUGUAUAUUUAUUUUCUAUGUAGGGUAUGUCAAAGUGCCAAUAGUUCUUUUGUUCAUUUUAUAAAGCACUGACCAAAAAGGGUCUUUAUUACAGGUUUAUUCAUCAAUUUCCAGUCAUAAAAGCCGGAAAUUAUGCAACCACAAUACAUUCAACAUUUUUCACACAUUUAUCUAUUUAAGUUUUCUUUGCCAUAUAUGCCAACUCACUAUUCCUUUUGUCUUACCUUCUUUUUCAACCAUGUUACUCUCUUUCAAUUUAUGACACUUAUAAGAAUCUACUUUCAAUAUUCCCUUCUCUCCCUCCCAUAUCUUUAUUUCUCUAUCUUUCCUUUUCUCUCUCAUCCUCCAUCCCUCCUUCCCCUACUUGUCUACACCACCUCUCUCUCUCACCCCUUUCUUUCUCUUUCUUUACCCCUCCCCUUCUCUAAAUCCUUUCUUCCCUCUUCUCCCUCCCCCUCCCUUUUUGGAUAAAGUAAUAAACAUAACAGAAGAAUAUGGCAAAGUUAAAUUAAUAGUAGAAUGUUAUUGAUGUUUAAUGAAUUGUUAGACAAACAUUACAUCGCAUACUAUGAAAUACCACACACGUGAAAAUUAUAUUCAUACGAGUACAGGGUGAUCAACAUAGUGAUUGAUUCAACAUAAACAGAUAAUAUUGCAAUGGAAAGCAAUAACAACCAAAAUUACUUUUGAAAUCAAUUCCUGAAAUUCUCUCUAAAGAUGAAAUUGUCACAUGUUUCUCAAGAGAAUGUUGGGAACAGUUGCACAAAACUUGUCUUUGAUGGUAACUUUACCAUCAAUGGCAACUACCACAGGAGCAGCACUUGGCAGCCAAUCAAACUU